UUGUGGCGACUACACCUCCCGGCACUGAUCUUAAUACCCUAUUCCACUAUAUUCAGCAUUUUCUGGAGAUUUCAGUGUGCGGUGAACGGGAUUUGUGGAGUUCAACCAUACUGUGCUUCAUAUGCACCGCCAGUGCAACCGUGUCAAUGUGUUAGUGCUGCAUAUGCUUGUGGACGCUACGGUUGCUAUCGGUUAGUUUUACGGUAUUUAAUACUGGAGCGCACUAACUUGAGGCGUAAUGAGCCAAUGAGUGAAUCCGAAGAACUGGAGAUAGUGUCCCCUUCGAUUGCCGAAAAUCGUAGAAAACGUGGUCCCAUUAAUCCGAAUCGCGCUUUCUUCGAAUGCUGUAUGGACCGACAACUACCGGAUGCUUGUCUUGCUAAGUGUAAUUUUAGGAGUUACACAAGGGAAGCGCUGACAUCCAUGUACUUCAAGCAGGACCCCUGCCCUAUGGAAGCGAUGAGUGAGAUGCAAUUUUGUGCUGCACAAGGACGGGAUCAUGCUGACUGUUGUGCUCGUAAUGGUGUCACUACGACGUUAGCCGGUAUGAAGUGUCUGACUUUAUGCAAUCAACGUCUGGGGCAUCCGAUUCGUCUUGAUAUGUCGUAUGCGCCAUGUCUUGAUCGUUUCGAGAAUAUGAAGGCGUGCUUCUGGCACGAUAUGACACGCUUCUACUGA